AUGCCAACUUUAUUCGAGGACGGUGAUGGUUAUUUGAAGACACACGUACACGUUGAAGAAAUUGAAAAUGAGUUGAAGAAGAAAUUCGGUGAAGAUUUCCAAUUGAAAGAGAAGGAUUUGACAGAAAAAGCAAAUCCAGAUGGUAACACUUCUCUGUUGGCCACAUUUGAAAGGGAUGGGAAGAAACUUCUCGUCAAAUUGCCCACUUGUGUCAAGCUUCGUCCAAUGUUUACAAAUGAGAAUCAAGGUUCAUUAGAGAAUUUGACGAAAAUGGUCCACAAUCGAGAAAUCGAUUUCUACGAGGAGUUGUUGCCAAAGGCCCCAAACAUGAAUGUGCCGCAAUUUGUUUGUGGGAAAAAGUUCGACGGUGAUUCGGGAUCAGGCUUUUCUGUGAUGGAAAUGGUGAAGGGAAGAAAUCUGAUGACUCACGAAUAUGCGGGAUUUGAGGCGACAAAACAAAUGCUCGACAAUUUGGCCGCACUCGCUGCUAUUAGUGUAAAACUUUCCCCUGAAGAGCUGAAAGAACACUCAAACGUACCACAAACAAUUUUGGACAUUCAACAAAUCUAUUUCAACAAAAAGAGUUUUGGUGUCUCGAUAGACCGAUUGAUUGCGUAUAUUCCUGAAGAAAAGGAACUCUUUGAAGAGAUUCGACAUUUUGCAAUCGAAAAAGAUCUGGUCAACGCCGAACAACUCCUUUCUGUCAACAAAAGACUUGGUCUUCCACCCGUGUUUGUACAUGCCGAUUUUUGGCGAGGAAAUGUUCUUUUCAAUGAAACAAAUCAAGAAUCAUUUGAAUUGAGCACAAUUUUGGAUUGGCAGUGUCAAAAAAUGGGCAAUCCAGGUGAAGAUCUUGCCAAAUUGUACACGUUUGCUGUUGAUAAAUCUCAUGAUUUUAAAAGUUCGGAUUGGGAGGAUUUGUUGAAGUAUUAUUACAGUCGAUUGGAGCAUCAUUUGGGCGAAGAAAAAGCACCGUACACAUAUGAUGAGCUAUUAUCGUCUUUCAAUGAAUGUCUUCCACCUUGUGCUCUCCUUGUUAUUUCAUACCACCCAUUCAAUGCUGAAUCCGAUAAACGAAAAGGACUUCCAGAAUCGGAAUGGGAAGCGGCAAAACAAAUGAUUGUUUCGAAUGCAGUUUACAUUAUAAGACAAGUUCGAGAUCUUCUUAAAGCAAAG